AGACUUUGUCAGGCUUUAUCCGGCUCCGGUUUGUCGGCUACAACUUCAUAACAUUUUCAGUAGUCAACUGACUGAGAUAGAAGUUGGAUACCUUGAAGUUUAUUGCUCGGUGGAAACGUUGUUUAUUCUGGAUAAAACAAGGCGUUUUGAAUAGGACAGCUGUCAUUUUGAAGUUCGUUUCAAUUGACACACAGAUGUCAGUGAAUGACAGUCUGUUUCUCAUUUGAGCGUGAGUGUACGACUGACCGACUUUUCAGAACCCGCUGAGAUGGCAGUCUGAUCAUAGUCUAACUCAGCCUGAGAGCGGCUGUAGACAGAGCGAGGGAGUGACUGACAGAUCAAGUCUCCAAAACAGAAGAUGGGUGAAAAGGAGGAUGAGAGGAGUGCCCAGGCAGGGCAACUCUUUGAGAACUUUGUCCAGGCGUCCACAUGUAAGGGCACUCUGCAGGCCUUUAGUAUCCUAUGCAGGCAGAUGGAUCUGGACCCGCUAGACUACAGGAACUUCUACAGCAACCUCAAAGCCACGGUCACCAAUUGGAAGGCCAAGGCCCUCUGGACCAAACUGGACAAGCGAGCCAGCCACAAGGAGUACAAGAAAGCCAAAGCCUGUGAGGGCACCAGGUCUUUGAUCAUUGGAGGAGGGCCCUGUGGCCUGCGCACAGCCAUCGAGCUGGCUCUGCUGGGGGCCAAGGUGGUGGUGAUUGAGAAGAGGGACACCUUCUCCAGAAACAACGUGCUCCACCUGUGGCCCUACACCAUCCACGACCUCAGGGGCCUCGGGGCCAAGAAGUUCUAUGGCAAAUUUUGUGCCGGAGCCAUAGACCACAUCAGUAUUCGCCAGCUCCAGCUCAUGCUGCUGAAGGUCUCCCUCAUCAUGGGAGUGGAGGUCCAUGUUAAUGUGGAGUUUGUUAAACUGCUGGAACCACUGGACAACCAGGAGAAUGAAGGGCUUGGAUGGAGAGCUGAGAUUAGACCAUCAAACCACCCCCUCACUGACUAUGAAUUUGACGUGGUGAUCGGUGCGGAUGGACGCAGAAACACGCUAGAUGGUUUCAAGAGAAAGGAGUUCCGGGGUAAGCUGGCCAUCGCCAUCACAGCCAACUUUGUCAACAGGAACACCACCGCCGAGGCCAAGGUAGAGGAGAUUAGCGGAGUGGCCUUCAUCUUCAACCAGAAGUUCUUCCUGGAGCUCAAAGAGGAGACAGGGAUUGACCUGGAGAACAUUGUGUACUACAGAGACAACACACACUACUUUGUGAUGACUGCAAAGAAGCAGAGUCUGCUGGACAAGGGGGUCAUCAUCCAUGAUUACAUUGAAACAGAGAAGCUGCUGGGCCAAGACAACGUGAACCAGGAGGCUCUUCUCUCCUACGCCCGCGAGGCGGCCGACUUUGGCACCAACUACCAGCUGCCCUCUCUGGACUACGCCAUCAACCACUGCAACCAGCCCGAUGUUGCCAUGUUCGACUUCACCUGCAUGUGCGCCUCAGAGAAUGCGGCGCUGUUCAGGGAGAAGUGCGGACAUCAGCUACUGGUGGCUCUGGUGGGGGACAGUCUAUUGGAGCCCUUCUGGCCCACGGGGACAGGCUGUGCUAGAGGGUUCCUGGCUGCCUUUGACACGGUGUGGAUGGUGAGGGGCUGGGCGCAGGGCAAGACUCAUCUGGAGAUCCUGGCAGAAAGGGAAGGCCUCUACAGGCUAUUACCCCAAACAACGACAGAGAACAUCUCAAAGAACUUUGAUCAGUACACCAUAGACCCGGUAACACGGUACCCCAACCUCAACUCCAGCUGUGUCAAGCCACAUCAGGUGCGUCACCUGUUCAUAGACGGGAAGCAGGACUCCUGUCCUCUGGAGCGGGGUGGACCCACACGUAGUUCUGUCAAUCUCUCUAGACGAGAGUCGGACAUCCGGCCCAGCCGCCUCCUCACCUGGUGUCAGAAGCAGACACAGGGGUACAGGGGUGUGGACGUCACCAACCUCACCUCUUCCUGGAAGAGUGGCCUAGCACUCUGUGCUCUUAUACACCGCCUCCGGCCAGACCUCAUUGACUUUGACUCCCUGAAUGAGAAGGACUCGGCCAAGAACAACCAGCUGGCCUUUGACAUAGCCGAGCAUGAGUUUGGUGUCCAGCCUGUGACCACGGGGAACGAGAUGGCUCUGGACCAGGACCCAGACAAGCUUAUGAUGGUGCUGUACAUCUCCAAGCUUUACGAGAUGUUCCGCAACUCGCCUGCAUCCAUCACUGGUACAAGGGAAACAGAUGAGAACAAUGAAGCGACUUCAUCGGCGUCUGCACACUCUGUUUACAACUUAAUGAACCGAACACAGCCCAAAAAAAGGAUCCCAAAGGAUAACGGGAAGCUGGAGGCGAACGACCCGAUGAACAAAAGACGAAGAAAGGGCAGCACCUAUUUAGAGGAGUUGUCCUGUCAGAGUGCCCCCCCUGCAGGUGACGGUGGGGAGCAGAAUAAAGUGCGCUCAAUGGCCACACAGCUACUGGCCAAGUUUGAGGAGAAUGUAUCGCCUGGAAGUUCCCUGCGCAAUAAGACAGAUCGAUCUGCCUUUGUUCCUAAAAUCACUUCAAUACACCCUGUCCCUGAACCGUCUGCUCUGUCUUGCGUCUCUUCUCUUACCCCAACAUCUCCUGUGCAUCAUUACAAGUGCGAUGGAAGUGCUGCAUCAAGUAGACUCAUUCAAACGCCAAUCGAAUGUCCUGUGAGUUAUCAAGCUGAACCCUUCAAGCCUGACAUGUCUGCCGAACAGUGCAAUGGGAGUGCUGGAUCAAGUAUUCAAAAGCCAAUCAUUCGAUUUGAGAGUUACGAAGCUGGCCCUUUAAAGUCCACCGAACAGUGCAAUGGGAGUGCUGCACCAAGCGUAAUGAUAAAAAAAACAAUUGAUCAAUCUGAACGCUAUCCUGCUGAGCCCUCUAUGCCUGCCAAACAGAGGACAGUUGGGAAGGUCUCUUCUCACAUAGGCGCUAGGGCUGAAACUCUAGCCAUCCUUUAUGAAACUGACCACAGGCCAAAUGCCUUGCCGUGUAUCGUGCGGAAGGAGUUCCCUCAGAACCUGGGAGGCAGUGACACGUGUCACUUCUGCUCCAAGCGUGUGUACGUGAUGGAGCGACUCAGCGCUGAGGGCCACUUCUUCCACAGGGAGUGUUUCCGCUGUGACGUCUGCAGCUCCACACUACGCCUGGGAGGACACGCCUACGACUCCCAACACGGCAAGUUUUACUGCAAGCCUCAUUAUUCUCAGCGUCGGUCCAGCCUACAAAGUUCAAGCAAGUUCCUGAGGAGAACGGAGGACCAGGAACGUCUGACGUCUUCGCCGGACCGGAGUGACCCCUACUCGGCCACAGACAGCCUGCAGAGCCAGCCCUCAGGGCAUCACUACAGAUACACGGGCCUGUUGAAUGGACUGUACACCUGCAUGGUGCCUGAAGUGGCAGAGGAGGAGGCCGUGGACCUGGACAUGCCUGACUCCAACAGGACUGCCGACUCGGAGAAACAGGACAACUUGAAUACUUCUCUCCGACCACAAGAUUCUGCACAAGAGAAGAAAGAACCUUCCGGUUCCAAUUCAUCUCUCAUGUCUGGGAACAGCCGAUGGAAGAGGAAGAUCCGUGCUACUCUCCCUCUCAUCCUGGUGAGGCACUUCUCACAUGAAAACGCUACAGAAAAAGAGGAGCCCAUCAUUGAAGAGGCCAACUUUGAAUUCAACGUGAUUGAACCACCACAGGUCUCCCAUGAUGGUCCUAAACUACCUCCAGAUUCUCCAAAUCAGAAUCCAUCGAUGGGUAAAGAAGCGCCUCCUGUCACCAAAGUGCCACAGCUGGAGGAAGCAGUCGGCCCAAAGAAGAGGCUGACCCUGUCCCUGUCUGAGAAACAGAAGCUCCUGGACUGGAACCUGGUUACUCCAGAAGAGGCCGGAAGCCCUGGAGGAGGAGACCCAUCCAAACACUCCAAACCUGGGGACCAGAUCCUCCCAUUGCCUCAGGUAGAGGCAGAGCCAGUCCCAGCUCAGGCCCAGCCGGCACCGUCCAUGUUCCAGAUUUGGGCAAAUGCCUUCAGAAGGUCUUUUGGAGUACCAGGGACAACCACAGACUCCAACGCAGUUGUCACCAGGAGGAACAACAACGGGCCCACCAAGCCCAGGCCUCUGUCUGACGGUGCCUUCAGCUUUAGCUCCCUGUUUGGGGCUACUGCCCAAAGCCAGGAGGCCGAACCAGUGGAUUUGGGUCAGAAGAGCCAGCAGACCCCACACCCAUGCAAGGCCUCCAUGGGUGAUAGACCCGCAGACCUGCCCAUGCUACUGGACCAGGUGUCCCUAGGCAGCAACAAGUCCGUGGGAUCCUUCACCACAGACGAUAUGGCCUCACUGCCGCCCAGGAAGCUCAACUUCUUCUCCUACCUUAGGCUGAAAAAGAGAGAGGGGCCGGAUAGCGUGGGAGCGGGGAUUCUGGAGAAGGACAUCAGGACCAUCCUGUCCAACAUCAGGAACAAAGCCUCCAGCGAACAGCAGAAGGAUGAGUCCAACUCCUCAAGUGACGAUGAGCUUGUCCCAGCCAAACCUUUGUCCCAGCCGAAGACCCAUGGGAGCUCAGAGAGACAGAGGAGGAGGCAGGAGGAGACUGUGAUUCAACAGGACAAGAGAGAGCAGCUGAGGAGACUCCACAGAGCCCAGGUCAUACAGAGGCAGCUGGAGGAAGUGGGGGAGAAGCAGAAGGACCUGGAGGAGAGAGGGGUGACCAUUGAGAAGGUCCUUCGAGGCGAAUCCCCAGACAAAGGUGAUGGUCUCUCUGAUGAGCACGAGCUCCUUCAAAUGUGGUUCAAGCUGGUCCUGGAGAAGAACAGACUGGCACGCUAUGAGGAGGAGCUGGUCAUAUUUGCUCAGGAACUCGAGCUGGAGGACAGACAGAGUCAACUACAGAGGGAUCUACGAUGCAGGAUGUCCAUAGACGAUUCCAGGAAGAGCUCCAGUGAGCUGGCGGAGGAACAGGAGAUGCUGACGGAGAUCAUGAAGGUGGUGGAGAGGAGAGACACUCUGGUCAGCCUGCUGGAGGAGCAGCGGCUGCAGGAGAGGGCUGAGGACAGAGACCCGGAGAGCCUGGUACUGUCUAGAGGCUACCAGUUCCACUGGACCUGAAGAGAAUCAGCCCUCUGGGGCAGGGAAAAGGCUACAGCACCAUGCAGCUCCACAGGCAGAAGAGACAAGUGACUUCACUACUAGGGACUACCCUACUGGAUUUGGCCGCACGUGGCAUGAUGACCCUUUUGAAUAUGUAUAUCAAUUUGACUUGUCAAUUCCUACUUGAGGACCACACCUCUUAUGGACCUGAGGGUUGUACAUCAAAUGUUUGUUUAGGCUAGUCUCCCGAGACAGCCUUCAGAGAUUACUGUAUGCUUUACCAAGAAAACCUUAAUGUUAUGCAGCCUUAUAAAUAGAAUAAUAUAGAACACGUGUUCAGUUGCACUGGAAAGUACUUAUAAACACUACAGAAACCCAUAGAUUCAUCCUAUCAAAUGUGUUUUCCCUCGCAAAGAAAAAUAUUGCUUAUGUACAGUAGCAGUCAAAAGUUUGGACACCUACUCAUUCCAGGGGUUUUCUUUAUUUUGACUGUUUUCUACAUAAUAGUGAAGACAUAAACUAUAAAAUAACACAUAGAAUUUGAGAUUUGAGAUUGUUCAAAGUAUUCACCCUUUGCCUUGAUGACAGCUUUGCACAGUCUUGGCAUUCUCUCAACCAACUUCACCUGGAAUGCUUUUCCAACAGUCUUGAAGGAGUUCCCAGGUCGGGUGACUGUGGAGGCCAGGUAAUCUGAUGCAGUACUCCAUCACUCUGCUUCUUGGUCAAAUAGCCCUUACACAGCCUGGAGGUGUGUUGGGUCAUUGUCCUGUUGAAAAACAAAUGAUAGCCGCAAAGCUGUCGUCAAGGCAAAGGGUGGCUACUUUGAAGAAUCUCAAAUAUGAUUUUUAUUUUAUUUGUUUAACAUUUUUUUGGUUACUACAUGAUUCCAUAUGUGUUAUUUCAUAGUUUUUAUGUCUUCAGUAUUAUUCUACAAUGUAGCAAAUGGUAAAAAUAAAGAAUAACCCUUAAAUGAGUAGGUGUGUCCAAACUUUUGACUGGCACUGUAUAUAUAUAUAUCCAUUAAUUCUUGAAGAAUAUAACUUAGAAAAUGCCUCAUGAUCUUAGUUCAACUGUCACACUCCAUAAGAACCCAAAAUAUAAGCUUGUUUUUCUCCAAUGUUUGUAAACAAUGUAAAUGUAAACUAACACGGUAUAACCUCAUAACAUGGCUAAAACAAUCAUGUUGAUAUCAUGGAUGGUCAGUCCUUGCAUCCAUAGCUCUGUCUGUUAUUCUGAGAGUGGUUACAUUUCUCCAGGCCUAUCGCUCAGCUUUUUACCAAAACAGAGGUGGGAUGGCUGUUUAUUUAUUGUUUCACUGUGGAUUUGCCCUUUUAACAGCUGCAUAUUAUCAAGAUAUCAAAGUGUUGCCAACAAAAAGUGAAACAAUAGGCCUAUUGCAAAUGAUGCAUAUGGUAUUCAUUUUUCACAUGUAAAUAGCACUUUUCAGUAAUGCUCAAACCAAGCAAUUCCAUGAGAGCAGCAUUUAUUUUUCAACUCGAAUCAAUGAGCCUAAUCAGUCCUCCAUGACAACAAAAUCAUAAACAGAGUAGGGCUGGCUAAUAAAUCCUUUGUUUUGGGGUUAUGCUCAGGUAAAACAAUUUGGCAAAUCUAUACUUCCAUAUUUCCAAGUCCUAUUCUUGAAGAUCAAGGGGUAUAACAUUUAUUGGAAUGACUGGAAUUCUGAUAGAUUUUGGUUUUUAAUGUAAAGAUAUAAUUUAAUAGUAGAACAUGAUGGGUUAGAAGAAGCCUACAUAACCAACCCAUAAAGUAAAAUUUAACAUCCAUAUAUGACCAGCUAUGUAAAAUUUAACAUUGAUUUAUCCUGCAAUAGAUGUGGUUCAAUUGGUAACAUACAUUUUUGUCUUCUUCUAAUGCCUCUUAAGGGGAAAGUAAUCUAAAAGUAACCGAAUGUUGGCUGGUGUAGGCCGUCAUUGUAAAUAAGAAUUUGUUCUUAACUGGCUUCCCUAGAUAAAUAAAAAAGUAUUAAAAAAAACCUUGGCAAAGGGUGGCUACUUUGAAGAAUCUCAAAUAUAAAAUAUAUUUUGAUGUGUUUAACACUUUUUUAAUUAUUACUACAUGAUUCCAUGUGUGUUAUUUCAUAGUUUUGAUGUCUUCACUAUUAUUCUACAAUGUAGAAAAUAGCAAAAUAAAUAAAAACCCUUGAAUGAG